AGAUGACGCCAGUCACUGUAGUUCUCGCAAUUGCGUGAAAAGCUGCUCAGAAUCUAACUGGACGUUUCACAUCGGAGGCAGCAGGGUUUCGAAAGCGAAACAUCAAUUCAACGGGGAUUGGCGUUGAAUAAUAUAUCAACGUUAACUACACUGUUUUGCUUGGUUAAAGGUACACGUACUAAAAAAGAAUACCCACAUCGGCACACGCCCACCCACAUCGGCACACCCCUGUUCCCACCCGUCACUGGUGCCGGCUGCGCAACGGGGAUGUAUAAAAGGUGUAAACCGGCAAGAAAGUGGCCAACAGUGAGCAAAACAAACCAUGUCUCAGGACAAGAACAUCUACCCCGGGUUGAUGGGGGAGAACAACCCCCUCCACAACAAUGUCUACGGACCGCCCCAGCCCGGGUUUGGGAUACCCCCUCCCAACUACACCCAGGCCUCAGUGCAAGCUCCAUACCCCGGCCAGCCUGCACCCUACGGCCAGCCUGCACCCUACGGCCAGCCUGCACCCUACGAACAACCUGCACCCUAUGGUCAGCCCGGGUUCCCCCAGGGAGGCCCUGGAUUUGGACAGGGACCGUACCCUCAGAUGCCUUAUCCCCAGGCCCCGUACCCCGCGGGGCCUUACCAGCAACCUGCACAGCCAGGGUUCCCUGGUGACCCCAACGCUUCCAUGGGUGACGGUUACCAUGGUGAUGUGCCACCAUCUUACUACGACAAUGAGGAGUUCACCAACUCUGGCUUUGAGGACAAGAGCAUUCGACAGGCCUUCAUUAGAAAGGUGUUCCUGGUGCUGACCGUUCAGCUGAUGGUCACCUUCUCCUUCGUGGCCGUCUUCACCUUUGUGGACGACGCCAAGUUGUUUGUGCGUCGUAACCCCUGGACAUACUACGUGUCCUACGCCAUCUUCUUCGUGUCUCUCAUCACCCUCAGCUGCUGUGGAGAGUUCCGCCGCAAACACCCCUGGAACCUGGUGGCAUUGGUACGGCCCUACCAUAUUCAUUAUACUAAACACCCCUGGAACCUGGUGGCAUUGUCCAUCCUGACCCUGAGUCUUUCCUACAUGGUGGGGAUGAUCGCCAGCUUCUAUGACACAGAGACGGUCAUCAUGGCCGUAGGCAUUACCGCUGUGGUCUGCUUCACCGUGGUCCUCUUCUCACUACAGAGCAAGUAUGACUUCACUUCUUGCCGGGGCGUUCUGUUCGUGUGUCUGAUCGUCCUGCUGCUCUUCUCCAUCCUCUGCAUCUUCAUCCGCCACAGGAUCCUCCACAUCGUCUACGCCUCCCUGGGAGCCCUGCUCUUUACCUGUUUCUUGGCUGUGGACACCCAGCUCCUCCUGGGCAACAAGAAGCUGGCUCUGAGUCCAGAGGAGUACAUCUUUGCCGCUCUCAACCUCUACACCGACAUCAUCAACAUUUUCCUCUACAUCCUGGCUAUCGUAGGCCGUUCCCGCGAGUGAUGGAGUGGCCCCCUUAGGGGAAAGGGAGAGGAAGGCAUCUAGGAACCUCUCCUCAGUGUGGAAGAAUGAAUGAUGCUCUUUCCCCUCGCUGUCUUUGUAUGAUUUGUUCCCGCUCUCAUUCCUCUGUUACACCUCCCCCACCUUCACCCCACACCCUUCAGGAGACGAAUUGGGUGACAGAAAAUAUGUUCUGUCACCUUUAGCAGUAGCGGAUUAAACUCUGUUGAGUGUAAAUCGGAAUUUUGUUUAGUCUGCUACUUUAGCAGCAGGUCUGUCAUAGAGUGCCGCAAAGGGCAUACUUUAAUUUAUUUAUGUGAAAUUCCUUUGAAGUAUGUUACUACAGUGACAGAAGUUACACCUUAACAUUCCUUGUUUUGUUUUUAAUGCCUUCUGUUUGCUCUGUCAUCCUUGGCAAUCUGCUUCUACUUACACAGAUGGUAGCUAGCUAGUACAGCACUUCUUAACAUUAGCUGAAUAAACACUAUGGAACUCUCCUUGGCGCUCUGCCUUGCCUUGUAGGUUAAGUGCUGUAGAGAGAUUGAGAGGAAAGAGAGAGUUAUGCUAUCUAAUUGAGAGCAGUGCUGUGAUGGAGGCAAGCGCUUUAUAAGGAAGAAACCGUUCUAGAAACACCUUUCCUGCUAUAUCUUCUCCCUCUGGUGUUCCCUCCUUUUCCUGCCAAUGUAAAUGAACUCUGCAUGGCACCUGAAACACAGCUGAGAUGAGCUGAAUAGAUGAAUAAAAACCCUCCAGAGGGAUGAUACCUCUCCUGGCCUUCUUAUUAUGUAGCUGUACAUAGAUCUAUGGGAACUGUAUAUGACACUUAGUUCCCUAACUAGCUCUUUCUAGGCAUGCCCGGGGAGUGUGGCUGUGAUGCUUGAAGGGAGAACAAUAUGCUCACUCAAUGUACAGUAUAUGACUAAUGACAUCACUACGCAUAGCUAACCAGUACAAAGACCAAAACUUGAAUAAAAUGUGACUGACGUUAUUUUUGUUAACAUGGAUGUGUGACUUAUACACUAAUACACAUGAAUAUAUUUAUGGAAUCCCUGAUUCCCUCUCCCCCACACUAAGCUAAGUGUGGAAUGUACCAUCUGCUUUUUUAAAACGUAUUUUCCCCCUCGUAUUUUCCCCUUUUGUUACUAAUUCCUAAUUUGUCUCCUUGUCUUUAUGUAUAGUAAAUACUAUAGUGUUGAUUUUUUUUCUCUCCAUUAUUACUAAUGUGAAAUGUUGAAGUAUUUGAAUUUCUGAACACUUUUAUACAGAUGUUACAAAAAUAUCACUAGUUGCUUGUGAUUUUAAAAACCUGACAUGCUGUAGUAGAUAGAUGGACACGGAGAUUGAAGGACAUAAGUUAUUAAUGAUCUAUUUAUUGAAGUUGCUGUAGAAGGCAAGGCUGCUGUGAAUUUGAAAGUGAAUGAGAAGGAUACUCAACACUACAUUUUCUGCCCUUCUGAAUGAUGCAUGGUGAAAGGAGAGGGAAGUUUAUUAUUCACCAUUUGCGUCCCAAAUGGAACCCUGUUUCCUACUUAGUGUGCUACUUUCCUACUUAGUUCUCUGGUCAAAAGGAGUGCUUUAAAUUGUAAAUCAGGUGGGCUUUGAGAUGCAGAGUGAUGUAUAUUCUGAGGUUUCCUGCUCAAACGUGAAGGAUUAAAUGAAAUACUUGAAGACUCAAAUGUAGAAUAAGGAAAGGCUGAAAACGGACAGAAUCACUAACACUAGUCACUAGAGAGAACAUUCUUAGUUUUAACACUCCACUACUACCAAUGCUGACCAAGCCAUUGAGAUGUUCUCCAUUGAAACAAACACAAGACGCUUAAGUUACAUCUACUAACAUGAAUGAAUACCAUUUUGAAAACCACAUCAAAGCUUUGAAACUCUGAGUUCAGUUAUGUUUUGACUCCUGUUGCACGACCCUUUCCUGUUGUUGCAUGUGUUGUGAUUGCACACUGGGCAGUGCACUAGCUGUUUCUUUGAGACAUGUGGAAUGAAGAGUAAUCAUAAUGAUAUAAUGAUAGUGUUAUUGUGCUGCCUAGAGCCCUGUUUUAACCAUGUUGAUUUAACUUGUUUUUACCUAACUAAUAUAUAUAUAUAUAUAUAUAUAUAUAUAUAUAUAUUACACACACAACUCCUUAGUGGUUUGAUGUGUUGAGUAAUUUUGGGCUUUGUAGUUCUGUUUGCACUGUAAAUUCGCAUUAAAAUUGAACUGGAAUUGCA